AUGUCCUGUCCCUGGGACCCCUCAGCAUUGGCACCAGCUGGACGGGUGCAGAACAGCUGUGGGUCAGGCCUGUGUAGACGUGGCUGCCCAUGUCAGGUCUCCAGCCUUGGCUCGGGCCUCCCAGCCAGCUUGCCCCUUAUUCGGGGCCCUCGGACCCCCGCCAACCCCACCCCUGCAGGUGAUCUACUACAAAGUCAUCAAGGACAUCGGGCCCGGGGAAGAGCUGCUGGUACACUGUGGAAGGACAGUGUCUGCGCCCUAGGUGCUGUGCCCCCCAGCCCGGAUGAGGCCCCCACGUUCCGAUGCGACGCCUGUGACGAGCUGUUUCCCGCCAAGCUGGACCUGCGACGCCACCAGAAGUUGGCGUGCGGGGUGGGCUCCACGCUCUUCCCGGGCCUGGGCCCGAGGCUGCAGCCCGACCGCCUGGGGGCGGCCCCAGGCGACGGGCAGCCCCACGAGUGCAAAGACUGCGAACGGCUGUUCCCCAACAAGUACAGCCUAGAGCAGCACAUGGUCGUCCACACAGAGGAGCGGGAGUACAAGUGCGACCAGUGCCCCAAGGCCUUCAACUGGAAAUCCAACCUCAUCCGCCACCAGAUGUCCCACGACAGCGGCAAGCGCUUCGAGUGCGAGAACUGUGUCAAGGUCUUCACGGACCCCAGUAACUUGCAGCGGCACAUCCGGUCCCAGCACGUGGGCGCGCGGGCACACGCCUGCCCCGACUGUGGGAAAACCUUCGCCACGUCCUCCGGCCUGAAGCAGCACAAGCACAUCCACAGCACCGUGAAGCCUUUCAUAUGUGAAGUCUGCCACAAGUCCUACACGCAGUUCUCGAACCUGUGCCGGCACAAGCGCAUGCACGCCGACUGCCGCACGCAGAUCAAGUGCAAGGACUGCGGCCAGAUGUUCAGCACCACCUCCUCCCUCAACAAGCACCGGCGCUUCUGCGAGGGCAAGAGCCACUACGCGCCCGGCGGCCUCUUCGGCCCCGGCCUGCCCUUGACCCCCAGCCCCCUGCUGGACAAGGCCAAGCCUCAGCCCAGCCUCAACCACGCAGGCCUCGGCUUCGGCGAGUACUUCCCCACGCGGCCGCACCCCGGCGGGCUGCCCUUCUCCACCGCACCCCCCUCCUACCCGGCGCUCACGCCCGGCUACCCCGGCCUCUUCCCCCCGUCCCUGUACCCCCGGCCGCCGCUGCUGCCACCCACGCCGCUGCUCAAGAGCCCCCUGACCCACACCCAGGACGCCAAGCUCCCCAGCCCCCUGGGCCACCCGGCCCUGCCUCUGGUCUCGGCCGUGGGACACGGCCAGGGCACCCCGGGGGCGGCGGGGCCCGAGGACAAGUUUGAGGGUGGCCUGGAGGACACGUUCUCGGAGAAGCUGCAGGCCCGGGGCAGCGACCUCUCAGAUGGCAGCGACUUCGAGGACCUCAACACCACGACGGGCACCGACCUGGACACCAGCUCCGGGUCGGGCUCCGACCUGGACAGCGACGCGGACAGCGACCGGGACAGAGCCAAGGCGCAGAGCCGGGCCGCCGAGGGCAAGGCGGAGCUGGGGGGCGGCGUGGCGCCCCCGGGGACCCCCGGCAGCACGGCGGGGGAUGUGCCUGUCUUCUAUUCCCAGCACGCGGCCGCUGCCUUCUUCCCGCCGCCCGAUGAGCAGCUCCUGGGCGCGGCGGGCGCGGCGGGCGACUCCAUCAAGGCCAUCGCCUCCAUUGCCGAGAAGUACUUCGGGCCGGGCCUCAUGGGUGUGCCCGAGAAACUGGGGGCGCUGCCCUACCGCCCCGUCUUCCCCUUCCAGCUGCUGCCCAGCUUCCCCCCUGGCCUCUGCCCCUUCUCGGACCGCACCCUCGCCCACAACCUGCUGGUCAAGGCUGAGCCCAAGUCCCCCCGAGACCCCCUCAAGGCGGGCGGUCCCAGCACCGAGUCCCCCUUCGACCUCACCACCAAGCCCAAAGACGCCAAGCUGGUCCCCGCGGCACCCAGGGGCCCAGCCACCCCCGCAGCCCCCGAGGAGCAGCCGCUGGACCUGAGCGUGGGCAGCCGGGCCCGGGCCAGCCAGGACGGAGGGGGGCGCACACCCCGCAAGAACCACGUCUAUGGGGAUCGCCGGCCAGGGGCAGGCGAGGGCCUGCCCGCCAUGUGCCUGGGCCAGCUGCCCGCACAGCCAUCGCUGCACUAUGCCAAGCCGUCCCCCUUCUUCAUGGAUCCCAUUUACAGGGUGGAGAAGCGCAAGGUGGCCGACCCCGUGGGCGCCCUCAAGGAGAAGUACCUGCGGCCUGGCCCCCUCCUGCUGCACCCCCAGAUGUCGGCCAUGGAGACCAUGACGGAAAAGCUGGAGAGUUUCGCGGCACUCAAGGACGCCGGCAGCUCCCUGCAGUCCCUGUCCCACCACCCCUUCGGCUUCCGCUCCCCGCCCCCCACGCUCUCUGACCCCAUCCUCAGGAAGGGCAAGGAGCGCUACACGUGCAGGUACUGUGGCAAGAUCUUCCCCAGGUCGGCCAACCUCACCAGGCACCUGCGGACGCACACCGGAGAGCAGCCCUACAGGUGCAAGUACUGCGACCGGUCCUUCAGCAUUUCGUCCAACCUGCAGCGGCACGUCCGCAACAUCCACAACAAGGAGAAGCCCUUCAAGUGCCACCUGUGCAACCGCUGCUUCGGGCAGCAGACCAACCUGGACCGCCACCUCAAGAAGCACGAGCACGAGCACGCGCCAGUGACCCAGCACGCCGGUGUCCUCGCCAACCACCUGGGCACCGGCGCCUCGUCCCCCACCUCCGAGCCGGACACCCACGCACUGCUGGACGAGAAGGAGGACGCCUACUUCUCCGAGAUCCGCAACUUCAUCGCCAACAACGACGCCGACCCUGCGGCAGCACCCACGGAGCAGCGGCCGGAGGCACAAGACUGUGACGGUGUCGCCCAGUGUCCGGGCCUGGUGGUGGGGAAGCCGGAGGACGUAGAGGAGGAGGAGGAGGAGGAGGAGGAGGAGCUGGAGGAGGAAGAUGAGGACAGCCUAGCGGGCAAGUCCCAGGAAGAUGCUGUGUCCCCCGCCCCCAGGCCCCAGGGUGCUGCCGAGGACGACGAGGACGAUGAGGAUGGUGACUCUCCAGCCACCCUGGCCGUCGGCUUCGGCCACGCCCGAAGGUGUGCCGAGCAGUCGCCGGGCGGCCUGUUAGCUUUGGAGCCGAUGCGGACUUUUGGGAAGGGGCUGGACCUCCGCAGAGCAGCUGAGGAAGCCUUUGAAGUUAAAGAGGCGUACGCCAUGAUGCUGACCCUCUCUGAGGACGCGUCCCUCCGUGCUGCCUCGCACAGCCCCCUGGACUCAUGGCUGAACAUCACGGGCGCCACCCCGGAGUCUGGAGCCUUGAACCCCAUGAACCAUCUCUGACCGGCCCGGCUGCGUUCCACAUUCCAACAGACACCCCGGCUUGGGAAGGGGCGUCCCUUUCUCCUGCACUCGUCCACGCUCCACACCCAUUGGCCCACCCUCAGCAGCCUCAGCCUCACCCACCAGAACUCGGCCCGGACACCCCACCACCCACUACCCCAUGGCCCAGCACCAUGUGACACUCCCACGACAGCGGGUGAGGACAGAUUUUCCUCCCAGGGACUGACACCGCCAGCAGCCACCAAGCUGGGAAGAAGGCAGCCAGCAGCCCUGGUGAUUUUUUGACAGAACACAGUGAGGAGAGAAGAGAGAAAGAGAGAGCCCUUUUGGUGAUCCACGCCGGCAGAAUCUAUUUAAGCAUGUGGUUUUAAAAAACAGACAGUAUUUAAAAA